AUGCCGAGUGAGAAACACAACGGGACGCGCCCUCGUAACGGGCGAACUCGUGAUGCGCGCCGUGCGCCCACCAGUGCGGGCCGUUCCACCCCUUUUCAGCCCCUCGUUCACUUCGACUGCCCGGUGUGUGGAUGCCGGAAUACGGUGCAUGUCGAGCUCGAUGCGCGGCAGCGUGUGGCGCUUGUGAAGUGCACCCACUGCCUUUCCCUCAAGCCGCGGCCGGCGGAGCUGCCCUUUCCCUACGCCACGCCCUUCGUCCCGCGAUUGGAGAACAAGGCGGAUGCGUUUUUUCGGUUUAGUGAGGCCUAUCGCAAGCUGCUCCCAUCUCAUCCGGAUAGGGAGGUGGCGCCUUCUAAGGGAUCGCUCGCCUUGGAGGAUCGUAGGAACGACGGGGAGUGGUGUUGCCAUGAGGGCGAAUUGGCGGCCGAGGCGGGUGGCGUACACGCUUCUUCUCCUUCGACGGCUACUAAUGCCUCUCCUUUAGCAAGUGCGAACCUAAAUAAUAGUAGCAAUAGCAGCGAUGGUGGGGCUGAAGGUGGUGGGGGUCGCCUUGGAGGGCUUUUGGACGGCCUUGAGGGGAUUUUAACCGGAUAUCCUUCUCAGCGUGUUAAAGGCGCGCCAGACGUUGAAUCGGAGAGCGCCAAGGAGCGCGAGGAAAUUGUUGAAAAUAGUGAGAAGUUAUCACAUAAUUCGACUGACAACCACAGUAAGUCGGUUUCUGAGGGUGAAGAGGGUGAAGAACUCAUAGGCGAUGUGAGUGCAUUCUUUGAUGAUUAA